UUAUUCUAACAGGUAGUUUAAAAAUCAAACAGGCCCCCAGCAGCAGCAGCAGCAGCAGCAGCAGCAUCACAACAGCAGUAGCAGAAAGACAGUAACUAACGAAGUCUGAGCAAAGGACGUUUCUUCAACAGCAUCUUAUUUCUGGAUAUGCCCGGACGCCGCUCUCCAGCAUGCUGAGCAGGAAGGGGUCUAGUGCAGGGAUGAUGACCGCUGCUGCAGCGGGAAUAGACCGCAGCAGGGUCGGGGAGAGGCUGCAGGCUGCUCUGGCCGGGCUGCAGGAGCUUCAUCUGCUGAAGGACAGACAGAGCGACAUGGUGAGCUGGGCGCUGCGGAUGGACCGAGAGGAGCCGGCCACUGCUGUCCACGCAGGCCCGGAGAGUCCCAGGAUGAUGGGGACUGAGGAACAGCGGCUGGAGGCGACCCUGACAACCCUGAAACAACAGCUGUCUCGUCUUCGGAAACAGGAUGUAGGCCUGAAGACUCACUUGCAGCAGCUGGAUCAACAGAUCAGUGAGCUGAAGCUGGAUGUGAGCAAGGCCUCCACAGAGCAGUUGGAGAGUGACAGCAGGCCAAGUUCAGGCUUCUAUGAGCUCAGCGAUGGCGGCUCUUGCUCGUUGUCCAACUCCUGCACCUCUGUGUACAGCGAGUGCCUGUCAUCUUCCCAGACAAGCCUUCUCCUCCUUCCCACGAGCCCUGCUAAUUCCCACAUCAGCCCGCCAUCACACCUAGACGUAUGCCGCCGGCGUUCUGCUGACGAGAGCACUACCCAGCCCAACCCCCCCCCCCCCCCCCCCCCCCCCGCCGCCACCAAAAGCAAAAAAAAAAAAAAAAAAAAGCGACCAAGACCUGUGUCAACAGGUGAUCUUGAUAGGAUGAUGGCUCAAGGACCAAGCUACUGCAAAUCUGUUGAUGCAAAGAAACCCUCAAUGUGCUCAAACCUGAAGACCACCACAGUGGACGCCAAGUUCCACAGCAACCUGGUGUCCCGCAGUGGGACGGAAGUGUACCACUACCCCAGCCCCCUGCACGCUGUGGCUCUCCAGAGCCCAAUCUUUUUCCAUGGUGGCGACCCAGCCACACCUGGACUUCUAGUGGGACAAGGACCCCCUAUGAACGGUUCUGACACCCUCCAAGGAGCACAAAUGGGCUAUGAGACCAAGACUCCGGGUUACAUUGACAAGCUCCUCCUGCGCAGCUUGAACAAAAUCCAGAGUGAAACGAGCACAGAGACUCUGCAGAACCACAGUGACAAUCACAGGAGGCCUACUGAACUUUUAACUGUGUUUUCUGACAUGUCUCAGAAAGAGGUGUCUGUGCUGCAGCCUCUUCCAGCCCAGACCACAAACAUUAUCCCACUUGAUAGCGACCCAAAGAGACACUGCAUGACAUUCUCCAGCCAAGAGCAAGCUGAUAACGCAAACCGCAAUCAGUCAGUGAGAGCCCCGGAGGUUUCAUACCGAUACUCCUAUCCUACUGCCAUGAGGGAGUACAGCUCUGAUGAGGUCACCACUUUAUCCAUGAGAAAGAAUGAUAAAGGUGAAUAUGCUAGUGCAGCAAAAGGCAAUUCAAAGAAUAUAUGUGGGGAUCAUCCAGAGUCAAUGCCACAAGAGAGGAAGGGCAAUAGGCAAAGACCGGUGAUGCCCCACAGCUCCAGCACAGAAGAGAGUCAAAGCUUUGAGGUCCAUGCUGGUCACAGAGCUUCCCCUGAGUUUGUUCAUGCCAAAUUUGUCCCUGCUGGAUCUCAGAGGGUCAAAGUGAGACAGGCAGACCGUAAAACCAAAGCUGUGAAACUGAGAAGAAAAAGCAGCGAGAAACCUCGAGCAAUGAGGCAGCAACAUGGCUACUCCUCGGGGGAAAGGACCAGAGAGGCUAGUGGCGGAACCAAGGGGGAACAGAGAAGAUCAGGAAAAGGAAAAGGGACCCAGAAAUGUACCACCUGUCACACAGAGGAGCGCAGACAGGGCUCAGGCUCAGACUCCAGCCACUGUAGCCCUGGACUCAUGUACACCCACAACGCCCAUCCCAAGCCACAUCCCAUCCCUGUUGUUACGAAGUCAAGCAAAAGCCGCAGACUGCAGUGCCUGGAGCAUGAGCAGCCCGUAGAGCAGAGGAAAAGGAGGGAGGGGGCCGCCAAAUGGCCGUCCGAUGUGGAGAUGUUCCAGAUCUCAUGUGCUCAGCGUCAGAGGUCCAAGGAGCGCCAUGUUCAGGCACCAGGGAGCAUGCAGAUGGUCCGCAGUAUGAGUGCCAAGUCAGGCCAAUGGAUAGGACCUCCUCGCUCCUUCCAAUCCUCCACGUCCUCUAACUCUUUCUUCCAAAAUCUGAAUGCCAGAUACCCACCAGCAGCCUUCCACAUGUCCAGCAACUACCCACCCAGAUGUGAGUCUGAGUACUCGGCCGAAUGCGCCUCGCUGUUUCACUCCACCAUUGCUGAAAGCAGCGAGGGGGAGAUGAGUGAUAACACCACCAACCGCUUCGGAGACAGUGAGUCCAGCCAGAGCUUCCAGUCCUUCUCGGACUCUGACAGCAGCCUUUCCCUGGAUGAGGAGGACCAGGUGGACGGCCAAGAGGAGAGAGGGUUGGUGUGGGCUCAGGCUGCUCUGGGGCCCACCGCAGCUGGACAGCCCCUCCAGCAGCUCCCACGCCCGGAGCCAUCAGCCUGCCGCAUCAAAGCCUCCCGAGCCCUGAAGAAGAAGAUUCGUCGAUUCCAGCCGGCCUCCCUUAAGGUCAUGACCCUUGUGUAGCAAAGUUCCCCCUGGGCAGAGUGUGAACUUUUGGGAAAACACAGAGAGCUGUGGUCUUUGAGCUCAACACCCUUAAUCAUCACUGAAAAGCAGCAAUUAAACUGGACUGCAUUUGUGCACUGAUUGUUUUGUUAAACUAAAAGAAAAUGGCAAGAACUUACAAUGGUUGAACCUGAAACUGUAAAAAUGGUGCAUGGUACAAAAGCAUGUAUAACACAAUUAUUACACUGACACUUAAUUUGUAAAUAUUUAUGUUGUAAUUGAAGUUUAUCAUACCAUGUGGCUGCAUUUGACAAUUUGACAUUUCUGUCAUAUAAUUGUAUGUACCUGAGAAAUAAAAAUAAUCUUUUUACAUUU